AUGAUGAACACACAGAACGAGGCCCCGACCUGGGCCGACAUCGAAGAAGCUACACGGAGUGAUGCCGAAUCUCCGUCAACGACUCUGGUCGACUCUCCAGCUUGGCACUACGACGACACGGUGGUCACCGACUUUGGUCCUGCAGCGCUGGACGACGAAGUACAGAUCGUCGAGUGUUCCGAUUGCUCCAAGCCUGUCCUCAAAGAUGCCUUGAGCUUUCAUCUGCAGAAUUGCAAGCUUGCGAGAGACAUUGCAUCCGGUCGCGUGUCACCAUCGAUUCUGGAAGGCGAUCUGCGGAAGCGCCGCAUGAUGGAAGAUGACGACGAGAGCAUCCUCGGCGAUGACACCGGAACACCGCUGACCAAGAAGCAGAAGAAAGAAAAGCGACUUGCCGAAGAGAAAAAGAAAGGCGGACGCAAGAACAAAGGUCCCAUCGACGUCGACAAGCAAUGCGGAGUGAUCAACGACAAAGGUCUACCCUGUUCGCGAUCCCUUACAUGCAAGUCCCAUUCCAUGGGAGCCAAACGAGCCGUCGAAGGUCGAUCCGCACCCUACGACACGUUGCUCUUCGAAUGGCAGAAAGCCACCAACCCCAGCUUCGUCGCAAAACUCGAAGAGAAGGAGAAAGCCAUCGCUGCGGCCAAAGCUGCAGCAGCAGCAGCUCCGCCGAAGGAGAAGAAGAAGAAGACGCAGAAGGAUGGGAAAUCCAAGACUUCGUCAGGAGGUGGAACGGGAGCGGGAAGUGGUGGUGCAGCUGGUGGAGCGGGUGCGGGCAGGCCGUUUGUCGAACACGACGAUAUGGACAUGUUCGAUGCAGGUGCAGAUGAGGACCAGAUGGAUCAAGAGUUGAUCUCCGUUCUCGGUGCGAUCGCCAACGCUGCAGCCAAGGACAGGACGACUCCGCUGCCGUUGGCGACGAGAUCCUUCGCAGGGAGCUAUACGAGCAGAGCGAAGCGCAUGCGGAACCUGCGCGAGCUGUUGAGGGAAGGUCUGGCUCCCGGCGGCGGUGCUUACGGUAUCAACGGUUAUGCUACGUGGAGCAACCAUCACCAUCGAGCGGGACACUAUGGCCCAGCAGGAGCAGCAAGCGGUGCGAGCAAGAAAGGUCUGGCUACAGGGGCAUGA